ACCAGGGGGCGCCCGCGGCCCCUGCGCAGCUGCGGCGGCGGCGGGGGAAGAUGGCGGCGGCCGCCCCCGAGCAGCAAAGUUCUAACGGCCCGGUGAAGAAGUCUAUGCGAGAGAAGGCUGUGGAACGCAGGAACGUUAAUAAGGAGCACAACAGUAACUUCAAAGCAGGAUACAUUCCAAUUGACGAAGACCGCCUCCAUAAGACAGGGUUACGUGGCAGGAAAGGCAACUUGGCCAUAUGUGUGAUUGUUGUUCUUUUUAUUUUGGCUGUCAUCAAUCUGAUUAUUACCCUGGUUAUCUGGGCAGUGAUAAGAAUUGGUCCCAAUGGUUGUGACAGUAUGGAAUUCCAUGAGAGUGGCUUGCUGCGGUUUAAGCAAGUGUCUGACAUGGGUGUUAUACAUCCCUUAUAUAAAAGCACUGUAGGAGGGAGGCGGAAUGAAGACUUGGUGAUCACUGGGAAUAAUCAACCUAUUGUAUUUCAGCAAGGAACAACCAAGCUUAGCGUGGAAAAAGACAAAACUUCUAUUACCAGUGAUAUUGGUAUGGAAUUUGUUGACCCACGAACACAAAAUACUUUGUUCAGCACCGACUAUGAAACUCAUGAGUUUCAUCUGCCAAAUGGAGUUAAAAUCUUGAAUGUACAAAAGGCCUCUACAGAGAGGAUUACCAGCAAUGCAACGAGUGAUCUAAACAUAAAGGUUGAUGGCCGUGCCAUUGUCCGUGGAAAUGAAGGUGUUUUCAUCACAGGCAAGACAAUUGAGUUUCGAAUGGGUGGAAACAUGGAACUUAAAGCAGAGAACAGCAUUAUCCUGAAUGGAACUGUGAUGGUGAGCCCAUCACGACUGCCCAGUUCUUCUUACGGGGAACAGUUCAAUAAUGGCAACUGGCUGCGCUUCAAGCUCUGCAUGUGUGCGGAUGGGACACUGUUCAAGGUUCAGGUGACAGGGCAUAACAUGGGCUGUCAGACUUCUGUCAACCCGUGUGGAGCCACACACUAAAACAAACCACUGCUGGGACAGGUCUCGUUUGUGUUUACAUAUAUUUGUAUGAAGUAAUUGCAUGCCUUCAAGGGUUUCUUUUUUUACAGCAGUUUAUACUAACAUUUCUUACGUCGUGUUUUUAAGGAAAAGCUGUUACGGUCAGCAGUAUUAGAUCAUCAUCCUGUUAGGUGCAAUAAUGGCACUGACUCAGUAAGCUUUCAGUGUACAUGCAUACUGAAGUACCUUCUUGAACUGGGAUCAGUAGAAUACGUGUAAAGAACGUGAUCCUGGCAACAACUCUACUGCCUUCAGUUGUCUCUAGAGGAGGAUUUUUUCCUUUGUCCCAAGACCUUGAGGACUGCUGAGAACACAGCUGCAAUCUGAAGUUCUUCAAGAGGAAUGUCAAUUUUUUGUUGGAAAUUGAUUUUCCUAGGACGGCUGAAGUGGCAGACUUCUGUCCUCUUCCUUGUUGAUACAUUGAUUUCCCCUAAACUUAGGUGGUUUACCAGAUGUGUAUGGAGAGGGGUAAUGGCAGAUCACAUUAAAGUAUCACAUUGUUUCUGCCAUAUAUUUUCAUGUUGUUAAAAAAUUAUGCUAUCAUAAAUAAUAUUUGGGAAGUAAUAUUGAGUAUGGAAAUGUAACUUGAAUUUUGAAGUAGUUUUGCAGUUAUUGAAAUGUUGCUUGAGCUUCCAUUCUAUCUAUGCAGUUAAUGCAUUCUGCAGUUGCUUAAUUUAUGUACUUAUAAACAUGUUCAUAUUAGAAGUACAUUAGAAGUACAAAGAUGUGCUUAUAGCUUGCUCACUAUCCAAAAAUAGUGUUUUCCUGGGUGUUCUAAUGUGAACAGUGUCUGAGUCCAUUACUCAGUAGCUAAUAAUCUAAAGCUGUAGCAGUGUCUGAGGUCAGAUUUGUCCUUCCCCAUAAAUGUCAGUACUGAUGCAUUACUGAGAACCUAAGAAUUAAAUUCUGAAGUUAAACUGCAGGACUGUAAUUCUAAAUGUGAUGGUAGGACAUCAGGGUAAAUACAUGUGUAUCAGAUUUGGUCAACAGUGAAACUGUGGUGAACUGGGGCCUAUUACAGCCUUGCAACUCCUUUUGCAGCAGUGAGGUGUUUUGUGCUAAAAAUAGACCAGCUAUUUAUAAGAUUCCUUCUUUCCCCACCCCAUGUAUUUCUUCAGUUUAAAAUAGCUUUGUUUUGCAGUAGCAUCAAGUAAUCUUAAUAUUGGAGGCCUCAAAGUGACUUUGCAAAAGCUUUUUGACAAGUUUUUUGAUAAGCACACACUUCUUUAUCUAAAAGUUGUGCAAAUUUUACACAUUAACUUCAGAAUUAGUUAUUUGUUACUGGAAGGAAGAUCAUCUACUCUUGUUUUACAGUGCUCAAAGUACAUAGGAUUCCAUAAAAUACAAAUCAGCCCCUGCUGUAACAAGGAAUUCAUAUCCAAGGUCCCAAUUUCUGAAUUUACUGGAAGGCAGUAAGCCCUCAUGCAGAAUGUGUAUGGGUGGAAGUGAUUUCUGGAGGGCUAUUCAUAAGUCAGGCAUAACAGCACAUGGGGGAGGUCAGAGGAGUCGUACUUCCCUCACUGCUCAAAGGCAAAGCCAGAUUUUGAUGCUCAGUAGUUGGGGUUUUGGGGCUGGACAGCAGUGGAGCUGUUCUGACAAAAUCAGAAUAAGCUAAAUAUAAUGAAGCAAAAACUUUGAGUUCUCACAUUAAAGAUUGUGGGGAAGUACUACCAUGUUGCCAUACUGCCUUCAUGAACCUCGUAGUUUUACUAGAAUUAAUAGUUACUAAACACUUUAACACACAUUUUGCUGCUCAACAUCCAUCUUUUCUGCUAAGCAGUGCCUCAAUUAGUAUCUGUUACAGUUAAGAGGAGGAAAUAAACUAACAUUUUUAGAAUUUUCACUCUCAUGCUAAUGGAAAUCUGUCACUUUAUUUUUAUGUAUACAAAUGCAUACACAUAUUAAAAAAUAUAAAGAGCAGUAUCCUCAAAGCUGAAAUACAUCUUGAAAAUGACAGAUACUGCCCUGGUCAAGUAGGUUACACACAUAUUAAAGCUCUUCUCUGAUUAACAUUGACAUGCUUAUAUGCUAGAAUUAGAUUCUUAUAAUUAUCAAGAGUUCUUUGUAAAAGAGUGUGUGCAAUAUACAGCUGAAAGAUUUCAAAAAGGUACUCUUACAUCAUAAUUUGCAGAACUGUUUUUGAAGUGUGGAUUUUUUUGUCAAAAUGUAGCAAAACCAAUCAUAAAAAUACCAAAUGAACUAAAUUAUCAAAUUUGCUAGCCAUUCUCUAUGUAUUGUUAAAAUAUUUUAUAUUUAUACUACACAGUUUGACAAAUGUUGGCACCACGCAUGCCUUCUGUUGAGCAUUUACUUGUUCAUCUCCUAACUGCCUAAGGUACAUUUUUCUAUAUGUAUUUAAAACAGUGAGUGGAACACUAUUUAUUUCAGUCCCACAGAUGCACUUAAGAGUCUGUGUGUGUAAAGUGCAUUCUACAUGCCUCUGUAAAAUGCCGUGCUGGGUACACUGAAACAACUUGCAUGUAAAGAGUUCUCACCAUCUGUAAGUGUGGUGGUUGUUCCAAUGGGUGAAAGAAAAACUGAAUUUCAAAUGUUUUGUUUUGAAAUGAAACAAUAAAUUCUAAGAUGCAGCUGCA